AUGCCUUUUACAUACAAACGCCUUGACAAAGACGACUGCGUCUUCCUCUUUGUUGAUCACCAGGCUGGGCUAGUUCAGCUGGUCGGCGAUUUCAAUCCCCACGAGUUUCGCACAAAUGUCCUUGCUUUAGCCAAGGUGGCAAGCUACUACGGAGCCCCGGCAGUGUUGACCACCUCUUUCGAAUCUGGACCCAAUGGCCCCCUUGUAAAGGAAAUUCGGGAUGAGCUCCCCAAUGCGACUUUCAUUGCUCGCCCCGGGCAAAUUAAUGCCAUGGACAAUGAAGACUUUGUCAACGCUGUCAAAGCAACUGGCAAAAAGCAGAUCGUUAUCAGUGGGGUGUUGACUGAAAUAUGCGUUGCCUUUCCUGCGCUCAGUUUGGUGGAACAAGGGUACGAUGUCUUCGUGGUCACCGAUGCGUCCGGCACUUUUGCAGAACAUACGAGGGAGGCUGCUCACAAGCGGAUGUCUCAAGCGGGCUGCCAGCUCCUCAACUGGGCGGCUGUGGCCGCUGAGCUUCACAGAGAUUGGCGUAAUGAUAUCGAAGGCUUCGGUGGAAUUUGGCGUGACUUUAUCCCGAGCUACUGGUGCCUGAUGCAAAGCUAUACGGCGUCUCAGAACGCCAAGUAA